AUGCCGCAAAAUAUCUCCAGAACUUAUCCGUCUGCUACGCUCCCUGAAACACUCAGAUUCGAAGGGGUUGAGGGCCAAAUGGAAGGCUUUGGCUGCAUGGUGGAACACCAUUGUUUCCGCAAAAGAAAAAGCAGAAUUGGAGGCCAGACUGAGCAGCUGCCAGACUCACUUGAUCACAGUUCUCACUUGGUCUUCAAGAUUAAUGCCUGA